AUGUCCUUCCCUCCUGCACCACCACCUAAAACCGCACUCGGCCGCUACAGGCAACUAGCACCUGUCGCCGGCGUCCAUGUAUCUCCGCUGGCUCUGGGGGCGAUGAGCAUCGGUGACAAGUGGGACAGGCUGGGCAUGGGCAGCAUGAACAAGGAGCAGAGCUUCAAGCUGCUUGACGCUUACUUCGACAACGGAGGGAAUUUUAUCGACACUGCGAACAACUACCAAGAUGAGACCUCGGAAAUGUUCAUCGGGGAGUGGGCCGAGAAGCGAGGCAUUCGAGACCAGUUAUUCAUUGCAACCAAGUAUACGACUGGGUACAAUCAAGCCAACGAUAGCAUCGCGCAGAAGGUCCAUUACGUUGGAAACAAUAUCAAAUCCAUGCACCUCUCGGUCAAGGCCUCCCUUACGAAACUCCGGACCGACUAUAUCGAUUUGUUGUAUGUCCACUGGUGGGACUGGGAGACCAGCAUUGAGGAGGUGAUGGCUGGCCUCCACAACCUGGUCGUCCAAGGCAAGGUGCUCUAUCUCGGUAUAUCAGACACCCCUGCCUGGGUCGUCUCCAAGGCAAAUCAAUUUGCUAGGGACCACAGCUUGACGCCUUUUGUCGUCUACCAGGGCGCUUGGAAUGUGAUGGAACGCUCCUUCGAGCGAGAGAUUAUCCCUAUGGCCAGAUCCGAGAGGAUGGCUCUCGCACCAUGGAACGUCCUGGCUGCAGGUAAGCUCAGGACUGAUGCUGAGGAAGAACGCCGCAGCCAAACCGGUGAAAAGGGUCGAACAGCAUUUGGGACAGGGAAUUGGGAACGCACAGAGAAUGAAAGGACGAUGUCUCAUGCAUUGGAGAAAGUAGCGAGCGAGAUCGGCGCGAAAAGUAUGACUUCAAUCGCAAUCGCGUAUGUUAUGCAAAAGACGACGCACGUCUUCCCUAUCAUCGGUGGCCGGAAAGUCGAACACCUCAUGUCGAACAUCGAAGCUCUCAGUAUCAGGCUCACGCCCGAGCAUAUCCAGUACAUUGAAAGUGUCGUGCCUUUCGACCCUGGAUUUCCGGGAUCAAUGAUAGGAUUUGGAGACAAAAUCAUGCCGUUCAUGUCUACCAUGGCCGUUAUCGAUAAACAGUCUUUCAACUCUCCGAUACAACCAAGAAACUAA